AUGACCUCGCCGGGGCCGCACCAUCGGCAUCAAGCAUCUCUCGAGUCCGUGAUUGAUCCGACACCGCCACCUCCCCUCGACCCAGCCCAACGCGCAAACGCAACACGUGUUUUCUACCGGAUCGUCGAGCACUUUGACGCUCUCGACAACCACGACGGCAACCGUGGCCGGAGUCACACAUACAGUCAGCCGCGGCUAGUACGGUACACCUACGAAUAUGCGUUGUCUGAAGAAUCUCGAGACAUCUUUUUGCGUGCCUUUUUCAAAGCCGUGGCACUCGGCCUCGACGAAAACGAACUCGGUGAAGACAGGGAAUUGGACUUUGAGAACCUGAAUCCGCUUUUUAGUGGCUUUGCCGAAUACCUGUUGAACAAUUUCUUUUUACCUUGUGAGAUCGCUUGA